AUGAGGCUCCCGUUCCACAUAGGAAUUCACCGUGUCGAAUCUGUCCACAACUAUGCCGGAGUCCUUGUUCCGCUAGAAGAAGCACACCUUCAUAGCAAGUCUGCGAGAUCCGGCCGCACCGAAUACGAAUCGCGAGCAGGCGGUCAUGACGACGAUGUCGAAGCCAGUGACGCCGGUGACAAGAAUGAAGACAGCGAGAGGCAAGGGAUGUUGCAGAUGGAGGCGGCGGAAUACACCAUCGAAGGCCUGCGAAAGGAAACAAGGCAAGGCCGUCAGGGUCAGUGGACAGAGUAUGAGAUCAAGUCGAAGCUUAUAAACAAGGCCAUUGGUGAUAUCGGCAUGGGACGAUACAAUUGGCAACUGUUCAUCCUCUGUGGUUUCGGAUGGUUUGCCGACAAUCUGUGGCUGCAAGGCGUCUCGCUUACUCUGCCAUCGCUAUCUGCCGAGUUUAGCAUUUCAGAAAAGACUGUCAGAUACACCACAAGUGCUCUCUUCGUAGGCUUGUCGCUGGGCAGCUUCAUCUGGGGCAUUGGAUCUGACUAUCUCGGCCGCCGCAUUGCCUUUAACUUCACAUUGCUUAUUACUAGCGUAUUCGGCAUCGCAUCGGCCUAUGCGCAAAGCUGGACAGGUGUCAGCUUAUUAUUCGCUUCAUUAGGAUUCGGCGUGGGAGGCAGUCUACCCGUGGACGGUGCCCUAUUCCUUGAGUUUCUCCCCGAUGCGUCCAGCUCACUCCUUACUCUCCUCUCCGUUUGGUGGCCAGUCGGUCAGCUGGUGUCUUCUCUAGCCGCUUGGUACUUCAUCACCAAGUACCCCAUGGACCAAGGUUGGAGAUACUUCAUUGUUUCCAUUGGUGUCGUCACAUUCGCCAUGUUCGUCGUACGAUUUUUCAUAUUUCGUCUCUUUGAAUCUCCAAAGUUUCUUCUCAAUAAGGGUCGGCAGGAUGAAGCUGUAGCGGUCGUACACGGCAUCGCGUACAGAAAUAGGACGAAAACUUGGCUUACCUCCGAACUCCUGGAUGUGGUUGCUGCGAGCGACGAUAACGGCCCAGAACCUAUGGAAGACCAUCUCGAACCCCCCUCCCGGUCCAACGCCUUAAGCGCUAAACUGAAAAGCUUCUCAGGCGAGAGACUGAAGCCUCUUUUCCAAACAAGGACUUUGGGAAUUGCUACAGGUCUCAUAUGGUUUUGUUGGGCUACUAUUGGCAUGGGGUACCCCCUGUUUAAUGCGUUUUUGCCUCAAUAUUUUUCCCACGGCGGUAACGGCUCCGGCGAUGGUCAGAAUGUACCGUCCGAAACAUCAGCAAUAUCCAACGAAACUUACAGAAACUAUGCGAUUACCUCGAUAAUGGGUGUGCCCGGCAGUAUACUCGCUGCAUAUCUCGUCGACUCGCCGUCGCCUUUUUUUGGUCGCCGCGGCACUUUGGCUGGCUCCACGCUAGUUUCAGCCAUAUUCCUCUUCCUCUUUGUCAUAUUUGGGAAGACCCCAACCGCCCAGUUGGCAUUCUCCUGCGUUGCCGCGUUUUCACAAAACAUCAUGUACGGCGUCCUGUAUGCUUUUACUCCUGAAAUCUUCCCUGCUCCCGUCAGAGGUGCCGGAACAGGCGUGGCGAGUUUCUUGAACAGAGUUACCGGGUUGAUAGCACCAAUUUUGGCUGCUACAGUUCCUGGAGAUGGCGCAACGACUCCCAUUUACAUGUCUGCGAUUCUGAUUUUGUCUGCGUUUGUUGGCAUGUGUUUGAUUCCCAUUGAGACGAGAGGUGCACAGAGGCUAUAA